AUGGGGACUGUGAGGUUCUGUAUGGAGUACAAGAUGGAGUCUCUGACUCCUCACUGUAGGGCGGAGACCCGACCACACGCCCGCUGGAUGCAGUACCUACGGGAGGGUCACGUGGUGCGUGUGGCGUGCCGACCACCCGCCAUGCGUAACCGUAGCGGCAGCUGCCAGGGAGACGGGCAAGAAUCCGACAGUGAGGAGCUGCUCCAUUGGCUGGCUGUGGGGAACUCUCGCUGUCGAGGAACAUGGAAGAUCCAGAGAACAGCAUACUGCUCCUGUCCUCACGUCCACAGCUUCCUCUUCAUAUAA